GGCAGAGUAGAAAAUGACUUCUAGAAGAGGCAGGGGACUAUUCGAAGACCCCACCAGGCCUGUGAAGCAGCAGCAGCUGGGCCAGGAGCUGAAGGAGCUAGCGAGCACCGAGCAGGCCUUGGACCAGCUCAUCCAGAGCUGUUCCCUCAGCUUCAAGCAUCUGACUGAGGAUACAGCCAACAAGAGGCUGGCUUAUGUGACCUACCAAGACAUCCGUGCCGUGGGCAACUUCAAGGAGCAGACGGUGAUCGCUGUCAAGGCCCCUCCGCAGACGAGACUGGAGGUGCCAGACAAAGCUGAGGAGAACCUGCAGAUAUACCUGAAGAGCACCCAGGGGCCCAUCGAAGUCUACCUGUGCCCUGAGGAGGUGCAGGAGCCUGACAGUCCUGCCAAGGAGCCCCUGCCUUCCACCUCCGCCCUCAGCCCCAGCCCUGACUGUGUCCCGCCCGGCUCCAGCGCCUACCCUGGGGUCUCAGAGCCCGGAGCCUCCUCAGCGCCGGCACCAACUCCCCAGCAGGAUCCACAGCUGCCACCGCCGCCACCACCACCGCCCACCCUCGUCCCUUUGGAGGCCACUGACAGUAUGCUGGAGCUGACGCAUCCACUUCUACAACAAACCGAGGACCAGUUCCUGUCUCCAACCCUGGCCUGCAGCUCCCCUCUGAUCAGCUUCUCCCCACCUCUGGAUCAGGACGACUACCUGUGGGGCCUGGACGGUGGUGAGGGUGUCAGUGACCUCUUUGACUCCUAUGACCUCGGGGACCUGUUGAUUAAUUGAGCAGCCUUGCCUUCCCCAGCAGCGCCACACCUGUCUCUACCUCCUCACAGACAGACUGACAGGCCUUCUGCCUGCAUGGGGACAUCGGACACAGGGUGCCACCCUCAGGGCAUGACGGUCUUCUCUCCUUCCCAACCUCCCUGCCAGCAGGUGUCUGGGAGAUGUGGAGGAUGUGGGUGAGGAGGGUAUCAGGGGCUCGGUCCUGUCCUUAACUCUUCUGACCUCUGACCUCUCACAUCUAAGGACCAUAGGUGCAGUUGACUAGGUUCAGGUAAAGGCCCUGCCACCUCCUUUUGAGAGGUAAUUAGGACCCUUGAUUUCUCAAGAAGCACUUAAUGCCUUUGUAUUUAUUUCAGGUUGAGUUUUGUUUGUUGUCCUCCCUGAGUUUUAGCAGGGAGAGUGUUCUAGUUUCUGUAAGACUUCUCAGUCAGGCCUAGGACAACUCCCCGGUUUCCCCUCAACGGUGGGGACUGGGUUUCUUCGGGGUGGUCCAGUCUGCUGGAAUGCUAAUUGCACUUAGGCCUCGUAAUAAUAGUAAGUGCCAAGCCCUCUGCCUGUUCUCAGCCUAACAAACCCAGCUAAAGUGUCACCCCAGAGAAGGUUCUAGAAGCCAUCCCGGGGCAGGCAGCAUUGAGGCUUCUGAAGAAGCAGGAGCAAUCAGUUAACAAGCCUUGCUUCCUAUGGAAUUCUUCCUUCUCUCUCCUAGUAGAAUGUAAAAGCUCUAAGGAGUCAGACAAGACUAUGGAGUCAGACAACAGCCCCCAAGGAAAGAGAUAGGAAUGUAGAGGCAGCUGUCAUGGCUGCCACAGGCUCCUUUCCUCAGAGUCUUCCUCCCAGAUCAAGGCAAAGCAGAGGCAAUUCCGCCUAAACAGAGAAGUGAAGUGAAAACAGAAAGCCUCAGGAAGGAUCCCCAGGAACUGCUGGUAUCUUUUCCGAGUUCCCUAUAUCCCCAGCCCUUUUUAUGUUUUGAGACAGGGCUUUGAUAAAUUGCCCAGGCUGGGU